GGUCUCAGAGAGGGUCGGGGAGCUGAGGGCGGGCGAGCGAGGGGGGUUCUCGCGGCUUCUGGGUCAGGUUCCAGUGUCUGACUUUCCCAAGCUCCGUUUGUGUGGGGAGAGAACGUGAGAACAGUAUCUCUCCCACCACGCGUCUGGCGGUAAAAGGCGGCUCCUUUAGUGAAAAUACCGCCCUCCCUGCGCGGAGAGCCCCCGCUGCGGGCGAGCGGGGGACGCGUGGCCGUGCUGCAGCGUCCUACAAAAACAGAGGGCAGGCACCCACCUAGUCCCGGCUGCAGGGGCCCGGAGUCUCCUGUUGACUAGACACCUUGGCCCUACCCGGUCUACUUGAGGGUGUUGAGCCGGGGGCUGAGGGAAGUAGGCUCCCUUCCAACCCUUCGAAAAGAGCUUUUCGCCCCUGGCCCUAACUUUCUUUGAAAAGGAAGUGGUCUCUUCAGCCUUUUGCAACUGCUAAAACAUGCGAUCUUGUGGGCAAAAAAACUAACAACAAUUAUUCACGUUCUAGGAGAGAGUGGAUUUGAAUUUUAGUGGACUCAGUGUAGCAAAACUUGCUCGUUUCAACUACUGGGCACGCUCAUCCUGACAGCUCCGAGAAUGUGAUGAUACAGUUCUGGGCUGCUGCUUCAUAGAGUCAGCGUUUCUUCUGGCAAGUUCUGUCUUCCUUGGCUAUUAUGGUUUGUGUACCUAUGAUUUAAUUUAAGGGCCUGAGCACCAUGUGGACCGCGGAUGAGAUUGCCCAGCUGUGUUACGAGCACUAUGGGAGCAGGCUGCCCAAGCAAGGGAAGCCUGAGCCCAACCGCGAGUGGACGUUGCUCGCAGCCGUGGUGAAGAUACAACCCACAGCUGACCAGGCCUGCGACCGCUCUGACGGACCAGUGCAAGUGAAAAAGGAAGUUGUCUCAAUGGGAACAGGAACCAAAUGCAUAGGCCAGUCCAAAAUGAGGAAGAGCGGUGACAUCCUCAAUGAUAGCCAUGCUGAGGUCAUAGCCAGAAGGAGUUUCCAAAGGUACCUGCUCCAUCAGCUCUAUUUGGCAGCUGCCCUGAAGGAGGAUAGCAUCUUUCUCCCAGGAUCUCAGAGAGGACUGUGGAAACUCAGACCAGACCUCUUGUUUGUGUUUUUCUCCAGCCAUACACCCUGUGGGGAUGCCUCCAUCAUUCCAAUGCUUGAGUUUGAAGAUCAGCCUUGCUGUCCUGUCAGUAGAGAUUGGGCCAGUAACCCAUCAGUAGAAACUAGUGAUAACCUAGAAGCUCCUGAAGAUAAAAGGAAAUGUGAAGACCCAGAGAGUCCUGUGACUAAAAAAAUGAGGCUGGAGCCCAGGACUCCUGGUGGUACAGCUCACCGUCAGAGCUUUGGCAGUCAGGAAAGGGGCCCAAAUCCACCGGAUGUCAGCAGCUCUAAUCUCACCGCAGAGGGACUGGCCAGUGUCACUGGAAUGACCCCUAGUGGUGCCCAGGUGGUGGACGUUUACAGAACUGGAGCCAAGUGCGUGCCUGGAGAAGCUGGAGACUCGGGGCAGCCUGGUGCUGCGUAUCACCAGGUGGGGCUGCUCCGAGUGAAGCCAGGCCGGGGGGACAGGACUUGCUCCAUGUCCUGCAGUGACAAGCUGGCUCGGUGGAACAUCCUCGGAUGCCAGGGGGCACUGCUGAUGCACUUCUUAGAAGUACCCAUCUACCUGUCAGCUGUGGUCAUUGGAAAGUGCCCCUACAGCCAGGAGGCCAUGCAGAGAGCACUGAUCAGGAGAAAAGAAAAGAAAAGGAAACCACAGAAGUGGCCAGCUAUAGAAGAUUGUGAUUGUGUUUUGCAACUAAUACUGAUGAGAAUUAAACAUGGAAAAAUGCUCAUAAUGUUCAAAGAGCAAUUUAGAAGGUGUCAGAACGUCUCAGCUCUGCCAGAAGGCUUUGGAGUUCAAGAAGUGAAAAUACAGCAGUCAGAUUUACUGUUUGAACAGAGCCGCCGUGCAGUGCAGACGAGAAAGGCUGACAGCCCAGGCCGACUUGUUCCUUGUGGGGCAGCCAUCAGCUGGAGUGCAGUGCCUGAGCAGCCCCUGGAUGUCACCGCCAAUGGCUUUCCCCAGGGGACAACAAAGAAAGGAAUCGGAUGCCUGCAGGCCAGAUCCCGAAUCAGCAAAAUAGAACUCUUUAGAUCAUUCCAGAAGCUGCUAAGCAGUAUUUCAGAGGACAAGUGGCCAGACUCACUCAGGAGGCAUCACCCGCCCAGCACAUCACUGUCUGUCACCGACCAGGAACCUGCCCCACGUUUCAGUGCCCAGAGUGCUUACUGGGGCUUCCUCAUCCAGCAUGAGUUAUGGAAUCACUGGCCACACGAUGUGACUGAACUCAAUCUCCACCUUCUCCUCUCCCCACCCCAGGAUGUCAGAUAGCAGAUGACUCAGGGCCCCAACUUUGUAAUCUCAUGGCUGAUCUCUCAGCGACAGCCAGCCCCUCCUGAAACUAUCUAGGGCCCACCAUGAGUCACCUCGUUAAGCAAAAAGUUGAGACCCAAAGGGUCCACCGUGAAUAACAAAGACACUCCUAUCACCAAGGAAGUUCUGAAAGUUUAGAGGUUCCCUCCCAGGAACUGGCAAAAAAGACCAGCCAAAUUCUUCUUUAUACAACAGUGGGGAAGCCAGGGAGUAGCUAGACACUCCAUAUGAAGAGGCUGCUGCCUGUUUGCAGCAUCGUGUAUCCUGCAGUCGGUGCCGAUGCCCUCCAGCCAUCCAUGGUCAGUUUGCUUGUUUCUUGUCUGGAAAAAUCAGUCAGAUUGGAACUGGGUGGGUUGCUAUACAUUCUAUGCCUUAAAAACAAAUCUGGACUUAGGUAAGGGGAGACUUCAUUUGAAGGCUUUGUUGCAGUAAGAGACAGGGCCUGUUUCAGCAGGUAGAGAAGGACUAAUGCAGUAGCAAGAGCAUCGCAAUCUUAAGGUCUGUAAGCCUCUCGAAGAGCAGGUGCAAAGGAGAAGUUUUGUCUAAGCAAAGUUAGAGCUGGAAAUGUGGGAGUGAGGUGAGCAGGUAGUGUGACGGGACCAUUGAACAGGAAGUGUCAGUCCUCAGGAGGGGCUGUUAAAAGAAAGGGUUGGUACAUCUGCCUACGCCGGCUCAGAAGGAGUGGCUCUGAGUUUGGGGGUCUGCAGGAAGGAGAAGCAUAACUGGUAAUUAAUAUUUGGUCAAAUUAUCAGGCAUUUUGAUGAGAUUUUCUCAGUGGGUACAAACAGUUCAGCUAAUCAUUAAGAGACAAAAAAACAGGUGUUUGGAGGGUCCGUGUCCGGCCUUGUCACAGGUAAACCAGGGGGGCACCCAUGAGUCUUAAGUCAUGAAGAAAGGUGGUUCUUUCCAGUCUGCCAUUUCCCACACACAGGAAUAUAGGAGGGAGGUUUCUUAACCAUCGCUUGUUUUAGGAACUGAGGGCUCAGGUAAAGGUUAAGGUUGUCAUGCGUGUAGCUCCCAUCCAUUAACCACCGAAAAGCUAUGGGCAGUUGAUCAAAGACCUAGAAUCAGUGUCUGCUACAGUUAGCAACUCGGCUCUGCGCUGUAGCCAGUGAAGAAACAACGGGUCUCCUAAGAUCUUUGCAAAGAACGAAAGAGUAGAAGCAGGGUAAAACCUGACUCAGUGAGCUUCGAGUCUCAGUUUCUUCAGCUAUGAGAUGACAAGGAUGUAGUUCAAGGUCGGGGCUGGGUCAGGAAGAGGACUUUGAGAAGCCUGACUCAAAUUUGAUCAAAGGUAAGAAUCUUUGUCUCAAGAAAAUCUUUUUAUGUGGGUGUAAGUGUUACAUGACUCAGCACAUUAGCCAUUCUUCAGCAGUCAGAGACACUGAAGGAUUUGGGAAGGGGUGUUGGCUUUGAUUACACAGGAGAAUAUGACUAAGAUGAAAAGUACUUUGGGAAAAUGCAGUUGAGAAGUGUCUAACGGCUCGAUCCUACCAGUGAAGAUUAUAGCCACGUAGAAAACUUUAAACCAAGUAGUAGACACAGUUAUUCUUUUUUAUCUGAUUCCACCAGGACCGAAAAAAGAAAAGAAAAAAAAACAGACUAGUAUUCUGUUUAUUUUUACCUAUUUUAAUCCCAUGUUGUUUUCUAGUGAAUUUCCUACAAAGGAGCUAAGAGUCACUCUAAGACAGCAUAACAGAAUCCUUCUGUUCCCAAGUCUCUCCUAAUAAAUCUGUCCGGCCAGUUGCAGAGGUGUCUCUCUGGCCACCGUGGUGAGCCGUCCAUUGAGAACGUGUGUGCUUGGUGGUGUGUGUGCAUUAGGGCGCAGAAGCUAGCGACGUACCGAGAGUACAAGGAGGCUGCGUCCACGUACCAGCAGGCCUGGAGCGCGCUCCGGAAGCAGGCGUUUGGGUCCUGGAUCAGAAACCCCCCAGACUAUCACCAGUUUAAGUGAGCAACAGCUGU